AUGGUUAGACGGUCGAGGCCAUCGUCGAGCCUUCGUCCUGUCGGGAGGGACAAGCCGGUGUCCCUCGCUGCCCUCGACGAUGCAGCGGCCUCGUCCCUCGCUGCCCUCGACGCUGCAGCGGCCUCGUCCCUCGCUGCCCUCGACGAUGCAGCGGCCUCGUCCCUCGCUGCCCUCGACGAUGCAGCGGCCUCGUCCCUCGCUGCCCUCGACGCUGCAGAGGCCUCGUCCCUCGCUGCCCUCGACGCUGCAGAGACCUCGUCCCUCGCUGCCCUCGACGAUGCAGAGGCCUCGUCCCUCGCUGCCCUCGACGAUGCAGAGGCCUCGUCCCUCGCUGCCCUCGGGAAGACCUGCAGUUCACGUUUAUAUUUCAUGAUCGAUUGCUCACUCACAGCCACAUUAAUGUGA